AUGGCAAAGCCCUUGGUUGACAACUCACCGUCUCUACCCGACUCAGAAUAUGCCAAGAUACUGCAGAGCGAAAUUCCUAAUUUGCCUAUCAGGUACUGGCAGUCACUGAACAACAAAUUUCCUGCCAAGAAUGCCACAUGCGCCAUUUUCCCCUCGCUCAUUGAUUUGCAAUUUAAUAAUGUGUACUGGCAAACUUUGAAGACAUCAAAUGGAACUUUCCACCUCUACGGUGCCUACUACGAUAACAGAACUCUAUUAGCUAUGGAACCUGUUGUUAGGAUGCUUGGUAUGAUUAAUAGAAUUGAGCCAACAGUGCAAACAAUUUGCCAGUUGUGGUUUGAUGGAUUGGAGGCUCCUGUUUUUGCCGAGGUUUUUAAGUAUCAGUUCGUUUGGUUAAAAGAGUGGGGGAAUCACAAGAAAGGACUUUUCCAGCCUUACUUGUGGUCUUGCAAAAUUCCAGUUGACUAUCGCCAUCUUGUACCAGAAUCAGUGUCACUCGUUGAAAAACCUUGCGACAUGGCCGUCACUAACUUGAUGGUAAUUAACAACUUGCCUGAGGGCGGAAAAAAAGGUGAAUUUGCGGUGUGCGUGAAGAGCCUUGAUUUCCCGAAAGAGGAUUUAAGUGUGAGACUCGUGGAGUGGUUCGAGACGCUGCGCCACCUCGGCGCCGAGAAAAUAUUUCUCUAUGAACUGGAAGUUCAUCCGAACAUCACAAAAGUUUUGAAUUACUACAAGAAAUUGGGUUUGAUAGAGGUGAUAUCGAUCACUCUACCGGGCUAUCAACCUAACAUCAAGGGAAUUAGACACAUGUAUUUGAUGAAACGAAUCACGAAUAAAUAUCAAAACGAGUUAAUUCCAUACAACGAUUGUCUGUAUAAAAACAUGAACAAGUUCAAGUUCAUAGCUCUGCUUGACAUUGACGAAAUUAUCAUGCCAAAAGGAAGCAAUAUGCUAUGGAAAGAUCUCAUGGAAAAAAUAAAAAAAACGGCACAAGGAGGACAAAACAUCGAAUAUUCAUCAUACGACUUUCGCAAUGUCUACUUUUUUGACACGCUGAAAUCGAGAAACGCAGAUCACGUACGCCCCAACGACAUACCUCACUAUAUGCACAUGUAUCAACACGUUUACCGAGCGAUGAACCACUCGCAACCUGGUCAUUAUAUCAAGUGUUUCCAUAAUACAGAACGGGUGAUGACUUUACACAAUCAUUAUCCACUUGCUUGUAUAGGUGGGGGUUGCUUAUCUUACUCUGUUGACACCGACGACGCGCAACUCCAACACUACCGAGCGGACUGCGUAGCAGAACUCAUGAGUUCGUGCGACGGUUUCAAGAAUUUCAACGUGCGCGACGAUGCGAUCUUGAGGCACAAAGAACCUGUCAUAUCCAGAGUUAUCAACAGCCUCAGUACUUUGGGGUUCUUCUAG